AUGCCCCCCGAGCGAAGAAAGGUCCGCAAGGGCACCCACAACUGCUGGGAAUGCAAGCGACGCAAGGUGCGGUGCAUCUUCACUGCCGAACAUGCAGUCUGCAACAACUGCAGGCGACGGGGGACGGCGUGUAUCAGCCAGGAGCUGCCAGACAGCUAUACUCCAGACAGUAACCAGGUAGAGACGAGGCUCGAGCGGGUGGAAGGUCUUCUCGCGCAGCUGGCAAAUGGUCCGAAAAACACCAUAGAUCUGGUGUCAGGUAGCGAGCAAAAGACGCACCCUGCAUCUGCACCGUCGAGGCAUCCACCGUCGAGGCAUCCAGCUCCCGACAGAGCGACUGGAAGGUAUGAUGAAUUAUAUCGCGAGCUCGCUGCUGCUUGGCCUAGCGAACACGACCUUGAUGUUAUUGUCUCUCUCCCCACUGGUCUUUCGCACCUCCUGUUCCAACCUCUCUGCUCUCCAGGUCCCACAGACAAUAAAGAGCCCCGCGAGAUGCUGCAGCUGCCGCCUCCAGGAUGCCAUCCAGUUCUGGUUGCCCGCAGUCUCCUGCUGCUCGGUACAUUUCUCCAGGGCGUCGUCCCAUCUGCUAUCAACAAACUGGGUCCUGUAGGAGACACCUACCGCGAGAUCAUGGCCACCGCCGUAGACCGGGCAAUCAAGCUGGUGACUACCAACGACGAGCUGCUCGGCUUCGUCGAGGCACUCCAGUGCAUCAUGCUUGAGGCCAUGUAUCAAAACUACGCCGGCCACCUGCACCGGGCCUGGAUGGCAGUACGCCGCGCCACAGCAGCUGCUCAAGUCAUGGGGAUACACCAGGGCCGGACCUCGCCGUACUUGAAGUUUCUCGAGCCAGCAACCCGUGCAGCCUUUGACCCUGACUACAUCUGCUUCCGCCUUAUCGUCAUGGACCGCUACCUAUCACUCAUGCUCGGUUUACCACAGACCCCGCUCGAAGGCCGCUUCGCUAUCCCCAAAGACCUGUCGGGUUUCGACCCCAUGGCCCGGCUGGAACGCCUCCACUGCGAAGUCUCCGGACGUAUCGCACAGCGCACCGCCGCAGAUAUCAACGAUAUAUCAAAGACCCGCGAGACAGACAAGCUCCUCCAAGACGCCGCUGCCCAGAUGCCGCCGCAGUGGUGGCUGAUACCCCCCUUCACCAACGAGUCCGACCUAGUCAGCGAUACAAUGCGCCUCAUGGUCCAAUUCACACACCACCACCUCCUCGCCCGGCUACAUCUACCUUACAUGUUGCGCUGCUCAGACAGCAACAACAUCUACGACCACAGCAGAAUUACCGCCGUCAACGCCAGCCGCGAGCUCCUCUCGCGCUACGUCGUCUUCCGCACCGUCAACCCAGCCCACUUCUACUGCCGGGGCUGCGACUUUCUCGCCUUCGUCGCGACAACCGUUCUGUGUCUAGCCCAUAUCAGCUUCCGCAGCUAUAUAGGCAGAGACAAUAGUAUGUUCAACUUCCUCAUGCACAGCCGGCCCACGGAUCGGGGGAUGAUGGAGCGCACGUCUGAGAUACUCGAGUCCAUGGCGCGGGAGAGUACAUCCGAUGCGAUAGCGCCGAAACUUACCCAUCUCAUCCGGCAUUUGCUCGAUGUUGAGAAUAACGCUGCUAAUGGCGCUGUAUACUGCACGAGCUCGUCGAGCGGGGAGGGCGAGAUUGCCGGACAGUUGACGGAUAAAGCGCUGCAUAUCCAUAUUCCGUAUUUUGGCACGAUUUGCUUUGAGCAGGGUGGUGUUUCUAUGUCGGCGCAGCCUGACAUGGGCUUUUCUGAGCAUAUGCACGGUGGAUCUGGCUUGCCUUAUCAGACUAACAGCUGGAAUGGAGAAUAUCCCGAUAUACAAGAGCAGCUACGGAUUCCAAGUGAACUUCAACUCACCAUCCCAUCCUCAAUAACAUCCACCCCGACCAAAGUGAAAUGGACAUCUUGUGGAAGCUCAACACCCACGUCCCCAAACAAUGCCAGCCCCUUUCCUGCAAGCAGAACAGGCGCAAUCGUCAAGACCAUCUCAUCCACCCACCCCCGCUUAAGGAACUCCUGCACCGUCUUCCCACCAUCAACAUAUACCAUCGUCGCGCCCUCUGCAUUCAGAAUCCUCUCAACUCCCUCCAUCGACCCAACAACCCUACAACCCGGCGGAGAAGAAUCCCCCGGAAGAUCCCGAUCCAGCAUGGUCGUACUAAGCACAAGCAGCUUCCUCUCGGGAUACGGCCACUCCGGAAAUCCCAUACAAACGUCAAAGGUCUUCCGGCCCAUGACAAUGAAAUCUACAUCGGCGAUAUGCUGCUCGAAUGACAUUGUCGAUCUGGAUUGUGGAUUAUAUGGCGGCAUGUGGUUUUUGUUUGGAAACGGGCGUGGAAUCAGGAAAGGCUCAUGGCAUAGCCCAGCCCACUACAAGAACCUCACCACCGCCCUCUCCGCCCACAACUACACGGCAAUCGCCAUCCCCCUCCCAUCCGUCAACUCCAGCCCGCCAUUAUCCAGCUGGGAGGAGGAUGCACGGGCCAUACGGGAAGCAAUAAUGGACGAACUCGACGCCGGGAGGGAUGUUAUUGCUCUCGCGCAUUCGUUUGGCGGGGUUGCGAUGGGGGAGGCUGUGAAGGGCCUUGGUAAGGGAGAUAGGAUGAAGGAUGGCCCAGGGGUGCAAACUGGUGUUAUUGGACUGGUGUAUAUGUGUGCGAUGGCGCUGCCAAAGGGACAGUCGCAUGUUGGGCAGAUGGUGCCUGUUGGGGCCGUGGAGGAGGAGAUUGAGAAGGAGAGGAACGAGUAUGGGGCGAAACAUGGUGGUGUGAGCAUGACGGAGAAGCCUGGCUAA